AUGUCAAAUGCAAAAGGAAUGGCAAGAAUACCUAUAAGAUCAAUAAUGAGAUUGCCAAAUUCAAUAAAGGGAAAUAGUAGAUUUGAUAAAUUAAUAGAAAAAAAAAUUUUUUAUUCAAAUUAUGAAAAAUUGGGAAGAAAAAAUAUUAAAGAUAAAUUGCCAACAAUUCAACAAAAAAUCAAACAACCAAUAAACCCUCAUAUACUUAAAGUUACAAUAAUAGGAACAGCCAAUUCAGGAAAAUCUACUUUGAUAAAUUCUUUAAUUGGUGAUAAUGUGACAAUUGUAUCAGACAAACCACAUACAACAAGAGAAAGAGUUUCCACAAUAUUAACAAUUUUUUUAGAUACUCCAGUGAUAUUAGUGAUUGAUGCAUUAAAAAUAACUGAAUACAGUUAUUAUGGUGAACAAUUUAUUAUUGAAAAAUUAAAAACUAUGAAAAAACCAAUUAUUUUAAUAUUUAACAAGAAUUUAGAACUCUUAACUAAAUACCCAUUUCUACAAAACUGUCCAACUAUUUCAAUAUCUGCUUUACAUAAUAUUAAGUUAAAUAUGUUAAAAAGAUUAUUAUUAAAUAAAACUUAUCCAAAUGAUUGGCUAUAUCAAUCUGAUCAAAAAGUUGAUUCAAGUUUAUUGAAAAGAAUUGAAGAAUUUAUUAGAGAGGAAAUAUUAACUCAUUAUUAUGGAUAUUUUCCUUACACUGUUACACAAGAAAAUGUUGGAUGGAAAAUAAACAACAAUACAUUAAGAAUUGACCAAAAUAUUUAUGUGAAAAAUCAAAUUCAACAGAAAAUUUUGAUAGGUUCAGAAGGCAAAUUAAUCAAAAAUAUAGCAAAUUCUUUAAAUCAAAAAAUCAAAAAAAUUAUUGAAAAUGAAAAAUAUUUAGUUAAAGAAAAAGAAAUUGAUAAAAUCACAUUAUACUUGAAUGUAAAAAAAAAGAAAUAA